GGCCGUACGGCAAGAUGGCGGCGCUCAUUCUGGGCGCUCGCCGCGUAGGGCUGCCGUGAGAAAUCCUGCCGCGGCGCUUCCCGAGGCCGUUUCUCCUGCCGACACCAGGUGCUCCUGGGCAAAACGAGCCGCUGCUGGGCAGCCCCCGGGCCAUCUCCGCACCGAAAUACUGGAGACACCUGAUGCCUUGGGAGAGCAAGUGGCCCCGGCUGCGCGCUUGGUAAUGCAGAGUGAGUCAGUCGCUGUUGCUGCUCUUUUGAGUUGGGGUUUAGCAAAAAAGCCAUGUUUUUGAUGUGACAACAGGUAGACCAGUAAAAGAAGCUUUUUAUAAGAGACAAGAAUAAAAAAACCCAUAUUUUUCUCUUACAGUAAUAGAACUGCUUAAGGAAAGUCAAUCGUAUCAACAGCUGUAAGGCUUUUACAUCUCAAUCUACUUCAUAAAAGACUGGCUCGACCAGCUUGUUUUCUCUCUGUGAAACUGAGAAAGUUUCCAGAAAUACAUAGAAAUGUGAUGGCUUUCUUCAGGAGCAUGUAGACUGCUUGUAUUUUUGCUCCUGAAUCUUGUGAUACAAAUGCUAAGACUAUAAUAAUUGCUAUGUCAUAAUACAGUUUUCUAACCUGCUAAAAGAGUGAUCUUAGAGUGAUUUUAUAUUAGAUAAAAUUAUGAAAAAUUACAUAAAACUUAUCUACAAUCAGAAGAUGGAAUAUGGAUCAAACAGAGCAUAAUGGGGAAACCAGCUGAAGUUAAAAGUUUCUACAGAACUGUUCAUGUGUCAUGCAUGCGUAUGCAUCUUUCACAAGAUGGAUGCUAUAGUAUUAAACAGUAAUAAUUCUGAAACGUAAGCUCUCAAAAAAAUUACCACAGGAAGAAUUUGCUCCCGAAGGUGAGUGUGAAUACCUGUUCCAGUUUCUGGGAGAUGACUUUUUUCACCGCGGAAAAGGGGUACUUAUGAUGUCUGUGAUACAUCGCCUGACAGCAGGGUGGCUCCUGGAUCAUCUCUCUUUCAUCAACCAGUGUGGCUAUGAGAUAUAUGACUCCUCUGCACACCCUCGUUGUGUUUCUCCCAAUACUUGUGUCCCUUCUGCUGGAGAUCAUUGUGCUCCUCCUGGUGAUGCUGUAGAAACAGAAGGUAAAACAAGAAAAACAAGAUAUGUGUUUCGGGAAGAGUUCUUUGAUAUUUUAAAGCCCCAUAUAGUCGCUGCUCCUCAGGAGCAGCUCUGGCAGGGAGGCUCUGAGGUGAGCCUCACAGAAACAGAGGCCAGCAGCAGCAGGGUGGAACACCGAGAAGGAACCAAGGGUGAUGUUGGAGAUCUUGUUGCCAGUGCGAGGAAGAAACGCAAAAGGAAAUGUGUGUUAAACCAAGGCGAACUGGAUGCGUUAGAAUACCAUACGAAGAUCAGGGAGCUCAUUUGGGAAGGCACUUUGCAUUUAGUCCAAGAAGGACUCAGAAGUGGUUUUCUUCACUGCUCCACUACAAAACUCAGUUGCAGCAAGAAUGUUGUUCCAAGACACAUUGGCUGUGGGUUGGCUGAAUUAUGUGAAAUGGCAAAGCAGUUUCCAGCUAUAAACGACAGUGACCAUCAACCUGUACAAGCAAUAGAUGACGAAACCUUCAUUCCAGAGCAGGACCUGCUUUCGUGUGUUACAGAAAACAACUCAAACCGUGCAAAGAUGAUUGUGUUAAUGGGGCAGAAAUAUUUGGUGCCACCAAAAAGUAGUUUCCUUUUAUCUGAUAUUUCAUGUUUACAGCCACUGCUGAAUUACAAGAAAAAAUAUGAUGUAAUUGUGAUGGAUCCACCAUGGGAAAACAAAUCUGUUAAAAGGAGUAACCGAUAUGGCCACUUGUAUUCCUGGCAAAUGAAGCAGAUUCCUGUAUCAGCACUAGCUGCUCCAAAUUGUCUUGUAAUCACGUGGGUGACUAAUAGACAGAAGCACUUACGUUUUGUUAAGGAUGAACUUUAUCCUCAUUGGUCUGUGAAAACACUUGCCGAGUGGCACUGGGUAAAAAUUACCAGAUCUGGAGAAUUCGUACUGCCUUUGGAUUCUUCCCACAAAAAGCCCUAUGAAGUUCUUGUAUUGGGGAGAGUUCAAGGAAGCGUAGAGGAAACCUUAAGGAAAUCGGAUGAUGUACUUCCAAUUCCAGACCAUAAGUUAAUUGUCAGCGUACCCUGCAGUCUGCAUUCACAUAAACCCCCUCUAACUGAGGUUCUGGCAGAAUUUAUCAAACCAGAUGUGGAAUGUCUGGAGUUGUUUGCUCGCAACCUACAGCCUGGUUGGACCAGCUGGGGAAAUGAGGUUCUGAAGUUUCAGCACAUUGAUUAUUUCACUGUUCUGCAGGAUGAAAGCUGAUUUGGGUCUUUUAGCUUAACUCAGAAAUUCCCCUUCCCUCCCAACAGGCUUAGAGCUUGCUUUUAUUACUGAUGGUGCACUCAGAAGGUAAAAAAAAUGAUACCAGGUGCAUUUCAGUUAAAAUUCUUGAAGUGACAGAAUGUCUGUUUAUAGUAUCUGCAUUUGUGCAAGCUGUUCCUGUAUUCUGAUUUUAGUAAGAUAGUUAAAUUCUGAUGUUAGAGUGCAAGGCCAUCCCUGAUUUUUUUUUCCAGACCUCAAGAAAAAAAAAGCUAUCUUUGAGUAUUCUCAUUGCAACUGUCACAAAUCUGAGCAUUGUGAAUGCUACAGUGGAUGGUAUGGUUGGAUGGUAAUGCAAUAUUUAUAAAGAAUGAGAGGAAAAGUAAAUAGUUCUGAAUUAGAUAUGUUUCCCAAAAGAAGGUUGGUGUUUGCAAAGCAAUGGAUUUUGAACUGAAAUAAUUAUGAAGACAACAUAUCCUCCUACAUGUUUGUAUCUGUUUGUCUACCUCAGAAGAAAUAAUAGGAGCAGUGCGUGCGUUAAUUGGCACAUAAAUUGUUGACUGAGCACAUUUUAUAUAAAAUUACACUUUUAAAACAGUCAGCAAUUCCAUAUUUCUGUGUGGUGUUAAUUCUUUGAAUAAAUUGUAUCUUACACAUUCUGCAUGUUAAGCCAUUAGAUUUAACUGAAAUUUUAACAGAAUUUAAAUAUUUUAUAAAUUCUAUUUCCUUAUGUUCUCAAAACAUUACAAAGUCAUGCAAGUGAGCUCUGUUUCAAAUUUUUCUUUUUAAGAAUGGUGCAUUUCAUGUGUUCUUUGCUGCCCUUAGAUUUGUUUUGAAAAAUAAAAAGGGAGACUUAGUGAAGCUCUGCCUCGUAUUCAUUUGCAGCAGUAGAGACAGAACUGGUGGACAAGCUGAUUUUCCUGAUGGCAGUCUCCUGAGCUGUGGUUGUUUAUAGUGGGGAACAAAAUACGUUGUAUGCCUUUUUUUACAUUCAAUUCACUUUUGGUAGUCUAAUGGGCUGUUAAAGUUUUAUUUAAAACUUUAGAUGAUAGUAAAUAAUCUUUUAUAAUUUUGUAAUUAAAAUUAAGAUUAAAAACUUG